UGACUCAAGUUCCUAUUAAAUCGGCUACGCUUCACCGUUCAAUAGUUCCCGUUCCAGUCUGUCGAUAUGCGACUGAAUUGAUAUCAGAGAGGGUAUAGUAUCUCAUUGAGGCAAAAACAUACAGACGGGUAAAACUGCAUCGAAGCUGAAUGUCUUUGGUUGAGGGCAUGAAGUGGUGUUUAUGUUCUGCUGUGAAUUGUGUUGUGUACAGGAGAAGAGUUUUUUUUCUUUUUUUUGUACGGAUCUUGUCGUCUAAACCGAGAAAUAUCAACGAAAGUUUAUUUCAGCAGCACAUGUGACGAAGCCUGGUGGAAUGUCAUUGAAGUAUAGUACGUAUAUUUAAAAGUUUGUCAUGGACAGCUUACCAGACGAGAUAUUGCUUCAUAUAUUUUCGUAUCUUAAUAUGAAGGAUCUGGUUUUUUCCGCCCAAUAUGUGUGUCGGCGUUGGUUAAGAGUUUCUCGUGACGACGCACUAUGGCAAGAUAAGCUGUAUAAUCCUUCUGACGAAUCCGAACCAGAGAUUUUGGUGCGUUUGCAGAAAAUGCCAAGUUUACGAGCUUUUCAUUUGCAUAGGAGACCAACAGACGUUAUCCUGGAGACUUUAUCGUCGUGCUGCAAGAAUCUUGUAGAAUUGGACAUCAGCUGCUUAGAAAUAAGUUCCUAUCCGACAAUUAACUAUUCCACACUUUACAAAUUAGUAGUGCAUUGUCCAAAUAUAGAAAUGCUCAGUAUACCAGAUACUCUUGUUACUUUUGACGAAUUCUCAAAUGUGAUAGCGAGAUGGAAAAAGCUAACAGAGCUUGAAAUUGUUGGUGCAGCAAAGAAGCCCUUAUCCCUUCGACCAAUCGGCGAUGGGUGCCCAUCGUUAAAGCAUAUUGGCCUCUAUUCUGGCUAUUACAGGAACGAAGAUUUGGAGUAUGUGUUACGCAAGAAACGUGAUACAAUUGUGUCAGUGGUGUUGCCAUGGAGUGUUGAGGAAGGAAAGAGCACAAUACCAGUUCUAAAAGUAUGCUGUGAAAAGAUUGAGGCGCUUAAAAUUUGUGACUACAGGGAAGUAAUGGUUCAAGAAUCUCUCGAUACAUUAGUCUCGCUUGUACAUUUGAAGAAGCUGUGGAUGUACGGUCUAGAAAACCUGAGUGUACAGAAAUUGAUGCCAGUGUUUGAGGGUGGCAGUCUUUCCAAUCUGGUGAUGUUGGAUCUGAGUUACUAUGAGUCACUGGAUGACAGGUUGGCACAAACUAUUUGCAUAAAAUGCCCUUUAUUACAACAGUUAUCGUUCCAUUGUUCCUGUCUCCUAACAGGCGAAGGCUUAAGAUUUAUAAGCAGCUUGAAAAAGCUUGUAUUUUUAGACUUAUAUUGGUGCUCAGGUAUUACAGAUGAUGGCAUUGUAUUCGUUGUAGAGUGCCAGACAUUGAGAGAUCUUAAUAUAGCUGGUUGUGUGCAACUCACAGAAUACAGCAUGCAAUUGUUGGUGACACUUCAUCAAUUGAGAUCACUGAUUCUUUCAGGAUGCAGUGUAAAAGGUUUACCAUUCAGGUCUUUUCCUACAUAUUUACCAUUCUUACGAAAACUUGAUCUCAAAUAUUGUGAGGAAGUUGAUAUUGAAGCACUGAAUGAGCUUGAGUUACAGAUGCCAAAUCUGUCAGUUGAAAGAAUGGUGUGACUGCUGUCAAAAAGACUAUAAUUUCAGUUUCUACAAAGAAACAUUUCAUCAUUUCUUGGAAUGGUGGAAGUUGUGAGCCAUCAUAUCUGUCUGAUAUUUCAGAAAUGUGAAUAAAUUUAUUAUAUCAUAUUGAUAAUUACAUAGUUUGUUGCCUUCAUAAGUUAUCUGAUCUUUAGUUGUAAAAAUAAAUAUUUAAUAUUAUUUAUGAACUCUUUCGAGCAUUCUGGUCAAUAGCCAUGUGAUGGUUUUGUUGAGCUUUAAGUGUCUUGUUCUUUCUAUUACUUGCUCAACAUUUAAUGAUUAUAUGUGUUUAAUUUAUAGUAGGAACCAUUUAGUGGUAGUCUGUGGAAUUUGUAUUUGCACCGAAAUUCUUCUCAAUUUAAAAAUACAACAGAUAUUAUAGUCUGAGUGCUUAAGUUAUUUUAUACCCUCUUUGUUACUCGUGGUUUAAGAGUGAUAGCUUUAUAACUAAGAUAGAAGUUCAUCACGCGGUAGCAGGGGGGGAGGGAAAAGAUUUUAGAGCCUCAGAGCACUAGAUGUAAUGAGUUGCAAAAAGUUGAAAUUAUGAUUUGGGGUAUGGUCCAUUUUUCUCUACAAUCUUCAGCAAGAAAAACUAUUGUAUACUGCAAAAUACUAAUCUGCUUUGAAGUAUGCUCAAAUGUUAGAAAAUGCUUGAGUAGUGGCUCAUCCUGAAAAAUUGAGAUAAAUGUUAAACUUGAAGUACUACUGCUUUUAGUUGGUACUGCAUAUCAGAGACUACUGAAAACUUAACAUGUAGCAAUUGGACUGUUAUGUUCACACAAAAAAGAGAAUAUUCUUUUGAGGCUGCCAAAUAUAAAAAUAAUUAGAAGAUUUUAGAAUGCAUAUGUUCCAUAUACAUAAACACAGCAAGCUUCCAGUUAUUUGGGUGUGGGUUGUCCAGUUUUUCAGUUAUCCUGGCACAGUUCACAAUUUUUUAAAAAAAUCAAAAUAUGAAGUUUUCUGCUAUAAUUAGACUGAAUGUUUUCAUUUAAAGUACAAUACAAACCUUUGGGUGUGAAGAUGUGGUGAUGAUAUCUGUGAAUAAUUAAAUAGUUAUGCCUGAGGUUUGGUAUUUGGGCAGUUAAGUGACACGGAUGGCAUAAACAGAAUGUUUGGUAGAGGAAGAGCGCAAAGACUAAAUGAUCAACGAACUUGUAAUCGUGCACACAGAGGCUUUAAAAUGCAUUAGUCUGUUAUUGGAGUACGUAGGACUCAGUUUGUGUGACUGUAUAGAUUUUUUCGCUUACUCUCCGGAGUAUGAAUCAGAAUCAGAAUUUUUAUUAUCCCAUAACGUACAAAGUCAAAUCACAGAUCUGAUGUACUGGGGACUCGUCAACAUUACAUUUACAUUACAAUUUCAAUUUGUAUAUACAGUUUUACAAAAACAACAUAUCAACACUCCAGUUUACAUGUAUCACAAAGUAAUAUAGAACAGCAGUGUUUACGUAGUAAACAUAUUUUUAAAAUCAUUUAUUUUACACAAAACUGCUAAGCUUAAUUUACAGGUGAUGUUUCCUUGCUCAGACUUCCACAUAAUCAUUCAUAAAUUCUUCUAUGGAGUAAUAACAUUUCUCCACUAGUAACUUGUGCAGGUUUGGUUUCAGUUGCCCUAGCUCCAUGCUGUUUAUUUGUUUCUUUUUUAGCAUGUUGUAGAUUUUCAUGCCCAUAUAUUCUGGGGUUUGUGCAUAUAACUUUAAUCUAUGAGUAGGAAGCAUGAAGUUUGUCUUAUUUCUAGUGCUGUAUUGAUGCUUAAAAUUGUCUGUGAAUAACGUAGGGUUACUGUACACAAAAAUAAUCAGUUCAUAGAUGCAUAAACAGGGGGCACUUAAUAUUUUUAGAUUUCUUAAUAGUGGGCGGCAAGAUUCUUUUGGUCUUGCAUUACACAUAUUUCUAACAAUUGAUUUUUGUAAUUUUAAUAUUCUAAUGAUUUUGCUUGUAUUACCCCAAAAGAUAAUGCCAUACCUUAUAACAGCUUCAAAAUAGCUGUGAUAAACUACUUUUCUUAUCUCCAUGCUUCAUAGCAAAGGUCAGCCUGUUUAACAUGUUUGCCAAGUAUUCUAUAUGUGAAGACCAGGAUAAAUUUUGGUCCAAAUGUAUUCCUAAGAAUUUAACACAAUCUGAGUCUUUCAGUUCCUGGUUUCUGCAGGCAAUAUGAAUUUCAUUUAUUUUACAGUUUUUAGUUUUAAACUGUAGUAAAUGUGUUUUUCCAAUAUUCAAUUUUAACCCAUUUAGUUGGAACCAGUUUUCUAAACUGUCUAGUAGAUUUGUGACAGUUGAGGGAAUUUGUUCUGAGUGAUUGCUUUCGAUGAGGGCAGACGUAUCAUCAGCGAAUAAAACUGAGUGUGAAUUUAUGUUUAGUGACAAGUCAUUUAUGUAAAGUAAGAAUAAAAUUGGACCCAGAAUAGAGCCUUGUGGAACACCUUGUGAAAUAAUCAUCCAUUCAGAGAAGAUAUUUCCCUUGCUUGAUGAUAUAACUACUCUUUGUUUUCUCUUUGUGAGAUAUGACCUGAACCACUCUAAAACACGACCUCCAAUUCCGUAUUUUUCCAUUUUAUACAGGAGCAAUUGAUGGUUUACACAAUCAAAUGCUUUUGUGAGGUCACAGAACAAUCCUGCAACUUUGCUAGACUUGUCUAAGGCAGAACAAAUUUUUUUCACAAACUUAUUUAUGGCGUCUACUGUGUUUUAGCCUUUCUGAAAGCCGUAUUGAUUAUCUGACAGUAUGUCUGAUUUUUCUAUAAAUUUUUUUAUUUGUAUUACUACCACUUUUUCAAAUAUUUUUGAGAAAAUUGGGAGAAUAGAAAUUGGGCUGUAGUUCCCCAUAUCUUCUCUUGAGCCUUUUUUGAACAAAGGUUUUACCUCUGCAUGCUUCAGGGCAUCUGGAAAGUGGCCUUCUUCGAGUGAUUUAUUGAUUAUUGAGGAAAGGGGGUGAGCUAUUAUCUUGGCAGCUGAUUUAACUACUUUAGUAGGUAUGACAUCCCACCCUGCGGAAUUUUUGUUUUUGAGCUGCAAUAUAGUGUUCUCUACAUCUUUGGCUGAAAUUUUUUUAAAUUUGUUAAAGCAUUCUUCUGCCUUCUGACCUAGUUUUACCUUUUUGGUAUAACCAUCUACAUCUGCAACUGAUUUUGAUACA